UUCUCUCUCUCUCUCUCUCUCUCUUUCUCCCUUUCUCUCUCUCUCUCUCUCUCGCUCGCUUUCGCCUCCCGUUCUGUGCGGUGUUUUAAUGUGUGCACCGAGAAACUCUAUCCAGAAGAAGCCGCGCGCCGUUCGCCAACGGGAUUAGCCGAAGCUGUCGCCCGACUGGAAUGCGGAACGCGAUCCCUGAGAUCCUGGGACGGGUGAUGAUGUAACGGGACUUUCGCUGUCGCUGGGCGGUGAGGCAAUAAUGUCCACACAAUGCAACCGCUUCGUGCAAAACGCCUGGAAGAAGGAGCUCUGUUCGAAUUGUUUCAAGCCGAAAGAGGAGCACGCGGCGGCUGACGAAAUCUUGAGGCUCAACGUCGAGAAGGCUUCCACAAAUCUGAAGAUCGAUCAACUUCAACUGCAGAGUAUCCUACGCGGCAAGGCGGUCUGUCGUAAGGACCAACGGAAGAAGAACGUUGGUUUCCCCGAGUCGCUUACCGAGAUCAUCGGCUACGGCGGCGAUGAUUUCUUCUCUGACGGUGGAGAGAACAACGAUGGGUUCCAGGUCGACUCGGGAGCGAGUCCGGACGACGAAGCGCCGGACAGCGAGGAGGAACGCGCGUUGGGCAACUUGACCCGCGCGAACACCAAUUUCAACACGAUCACCGCGAAUCUGACGGACCUGGGGAGCAAUGGCUCGAACGAGACGAUCAAAUCGUCCACGACGACGCCUCCGAAGUCCUUCGCUUCCUUGAUGCUCGGCAGAAUACAGAGAGACGCAGAUGGUAGGAAGACGACCCUGCUGGUGUCGGUGACUCCCUUCGGCGGAGACGAGUCUGUGCCUACCGCGAAAAGGCCUAUCGAUCGAAAGAUCAAUACGAUCAACUUGCAAAGCAGUCCGUUCAAGUGCAAGUCUAGCAAUGGAGGAUUGUCGGAUAACACGGCCGAAGCCGCGAAGAAACUCAACGGAGCGGAACGCAAGAAGACCGAUGAACAGGAACAGAAGCAUUCUCCGGAAUUGGAGAAGAUCAUGGACAUGCCGUUGAUUACAUCCGCGAAUAUGAUCUCCGUCGUACGGAAGGAAAGCACGACGGGCACCGCCAAUGUGCUGGACGCGGAGAAAGCAGCGGAGAUGACGCAGAGAUGCGCACAACUCUGCAAACCCGACAAGAGAAACGCCGUCCUCCCCCGCAACAGCGUUCCAACGGUGAAAAAGACUGAAGCCGAGGCGUCAAGGAUACUCGCGCAAUCCGGGAGUGUGGGAGAAAGCGACUAUGUAAAGAGGACGGUAGCGAAGAAGAGCGAGUGUCCGAAACGCGAAGAGGAGGCGGAGGGGGUCGAGGUCGCCUCGACGCCUUCGAAGAACGACGAGGCACCGGAGAGCGAUCGUUCGAUGAACGUCGCCGGCAAGGACACCACCAACGACACCGACAACAUCAAGGUGGACUCGUUGCUGCGAGAGCGCGAGGUCGACGGACACUGCGAGGACAUGAACGAGAAGAAAUUCUGCUUCGACAGCAGUCGGGAGCUCGCGGGAGAGCCAGACGGCAAGGCGGAUGAGGAGGAAGUGACGGAACCGCCGGCGCUGCCAACCAGCCCGCCGCCGAUUGUAACCACCGAGCCCAGACCCUCUUUCCUGCAUGGCGGCGUUAUUAACGAUUCGAAAGCAAAGCCCGCGGUGCCGCAGAAGCCCCUGACCUUUUCCGCAAAGCCGAGCUCGGCCGACGCUCUGCUCACUGUGAGGAAAAUUUCCAACGGUGAUUACGUGCUGCCGCCGCCGUCGGUUCAAAAUGUCGCCAGCAGACCCGCCGUUCAGAAUUUCAGCGCGCAAGAGAUAGGCUUGCGACGUUCGUUGAAGAAGAAUAGCUCGAACGAAGUCGAACAGGUCUCCUCGAAUGCGAAUCCAAAUGCGGCGGAAUCCGAGGGCCGGGCAAAAACGCUGUCAAAGUCUACCUUUACGCCGUUAUCCACCUCCACGAUAACCUCGUCGACGCUGAGUCUGUCGAAGAAUUCGACGGAGAACGGGGAAGUGGUGGAUGAGAAUGUUGCGGUAAACGAAGACUUCGCGGAAGUGACUCCGGUUUCCGUGUCCACCAUGGAGCUUGUACGCUCGCCGAACAAGAGGAGGAUGGCGCCGCGGCCGCCGGCCGUGGAAUCCACGGAGGAAUUACCAAUCUCUUCCCUGUUCGCCAGGAACCCGGGAGCAUCGAACUUGAAGUCCGACUCACCCGUCGUGCGCGAGAAGGAAAAGCGCGAGAGAUCGUCCUCGUGCAGCCCGAAGUUCCGCAAGGCGGUUUGCGACCUGCCGGACCCGACGAGCGCCAGCACGAAGCAGACGGUCGAGUCCACUUCCAGAAGAACAAUAUCCCUGUCGCAGGACAGUUUAACGACCGAGAAGGAAGUGCGAGAGGAGAAGAAAAGGACCAGAAACCGGAAGGGUUUCUCCCUCAAGAGGUUCCUAAGGAUGGGUUCGAGGAAGGAUAUGGACAUGAUCAGCGGGCAAACGUCGGGCGCGAGGACUGACGAGAUUCCGUCGACGCCGCAGCCGAAGCCGCGGCUGGAGAUCAUUCAUCCGCUGGAGUUAGACGGCGCCGCCGUGGAGGUGGUGGGAAAUGACCGAGUGACCGGUAGUAAGAUCGGCGAGGACCAGACCGACUCCUGCGGUGUCAGGAGCGAUGGAACAAGAGCUGCGCGAUUCCCGCCGCCAUCAGCGGCGAGGCCCGGGAAACCUCCUCCGCCACCGAGGAAUCAGUCUCUAGAGGACUGGUCCAAAUUGGACCCGGCGAACAAGCCGGUUAGGCCGCCGCCGCCUCGCGCGGAAGCCACGAAACUGAACGUCCCUGCCAGAACUGACAAGACAUCUUCCAAAUCUACCUGGAGGCCAACAGCCACGACGACCUCGGACUCGAUUUACGCGAAUCUGGCAGCGGAGGAUGUUACAGGUGAGGUACGCAGCGCUCUGGCACCCUCGAAACCCCAAAGAACUGCCAGUAUGAGAGACCGAGUCAUCUCCCAGCUUGUCCCGAAGAGGCAUGACAAUCAGGAGCAUCAGGAUUAUGACGGGCUCGCGACCGUGCGACCCACUUCCGACUCGCCGACGUCCAACGAUAGCCACGUGUACGAAUGUCUCUCCAGCUCACCCGAGUGCGACUCAAAUCUCGAGCUACGACACGGGGUCGGCGUCGGAGGCGGAUUCCGCGCUGCCUGCAAGAGGAAGUCGGAUAGUAGCGCGAUGGAGAACGGGGCGGAGAUGAAAUUCCAUCAUCAGCCGUUCGUCAGGUCGACCUCAUUGCCGUACUGCGGCAGCGAGACCGAGAGCGAGCUUUACGCGCCGUACACCUUUUACACGGGCGAUGAGGGUGCGGAGGAGGAUCAGGACUGGAAAAGCAGGGACGACGAGCCAAGGAUGAGUCGCCUGAGGCAACGCAGAGGACGUAGCAUCGUUCACCGAAGCCUCGAGGAUAAUUACGGAGCGGUGGUCGUGGCGAAUCACGAAGCGCUCGCCCAAUUCCUCGAGCAGGAAAAUCAAAUGAUGCAGUUGCCAGUAGGUUUACGUGCUCUGAAAAACGCAAAUCCGCGUUUGAAGCAUUUCAACAUUGACGCUCUGACACCCGUCUUCGUCGGCAGGAGGAUAUUCUGUCCGGCGACAUGGAACGACCAAACCGUCACCCUCUGCAUAACGUUCGAUUUAGCCGUGCCUACGCCGCAAAGGGACUUUUACCUGUCGUCUAUAAUAGAAUUCGUAGAUACAGUACCGAAAGAGAUUAUCGAGAAGGUUCGAUCAUCGGGUAACGAGGAUAUGGAAGCGACAAUUUCGGUGUUCCCUCGUUUGCACGUGGCCACUGUACAAUCGUUCGGGACAAUGUCAAAGGAUGUGAACAAUGAAGGUACAAGCCGGGAAGCUUCAUUCGUGCUGCUUCAGCUCGUGAACGCUCUGAAGAGUCUUCAGGCACGUGGGAUCGAGGACACCAGCAAGUCCCUGAACGACGUUGUACUCUGCAGAGAAGACAAGGAUAUCUGUUAUCGGCUGUAUCUGCUGCAAGGGAGGUUAAACAUAGACCCGUGCGAUGAGCCUGGCGAGGAACGGGUCUCGCUAUGCGAAUGUGCUUUAAUAGCGUUGCAGCAGUUGCGUCUCACGGGCGAGCUACCUCUCAUACGAGAUCUGUUGAUAUGUGAGAAAGCGGUUACCCUUUCGCAGGUGAAGUCUGUACUGGAGUUUUCACUGUGGGGCCCGGCCGAUGUGCCUCUCGGUGGCCCGCGUGAAAGAGAAGUAGCGCUUCAGAGGUGGCUCGAUCUUGAGAGAGCGAAUGUGCUGCACGCUCUUGUCAAGACGAAGACAGCUCUCACCGUCACCGAUGAAUAUCAGCUGUUAUUCCUGGUGCGAACCACUGCCAAGAUUAUGAGCGAGGCGUCGGUACUGCUAGAUGAGCAACGUAAUCGUCUGACGCGAAGAGAUUGAUGUUCCCCGCCGUACAUUUGUAUCGUGAUUCAUUAUGUGAAUGUUUAAUACGUUUGCUGAAGGAGAUUUACUAUUUAUUGGUAAACGUCAAAAGAAGAGAUAUUUGAAGUAUAUCAAACACAAAGAUGAUUCACAACAAAAAGCGCGCUAUAAUAACGUAAUAAUAGCUUUGCUUUCUACUUGUAUAGUCGAUAGUCCGAUUUUUUUUUAUUUUACCACUUUAAGCGUUAAAUAUAUUUUUAAGCUGCAGAGUAUUCAUGUAAUUAACGCAUGUUAACGUAAAACUUUAAUCGUACGUUUGUCGGUGAUGAGUAUAUAUUUUUUAUAUACAAAAAAUAUAUUGGCAUAUAAGUAGCUAUAUUGUUAAUUUUUAAGCAACAGCUCGAUAUUAGAAAUGCUUAGAAUUAUAUGCUCGCGCGCGUAUGAUAUUUUUAUAAUGAAAUAAGUGUUUAGAGGAACGUGCCAAUGCUCAAUCGAAGUGUGAUUCCGCGUGUACGAUGCGCGAUCGUUUUAGAAAUAAUUCUUUCACAUCGUUAUCAGCAAAUGACAAUUGUUUAGAAAUGUUUAUAAAUAUUUUACACCAUGUUUGUUUAUACAAAUAAACGUAUUAAUCACC